AUGUUUCUGAGAACUGUCCGAAGCCAGGCCGUGCGAGCAGCCGCCCUCCACCACACGGUGGCUCCGGCACUAUGCAUGCGGCCCGUGCUCCGAACACAGACAGUCGCGUUCUCGUCCACUCCCGUGACUCUGGGCAAGAAAAAGAAGGGCGGUAAGGAGCCCAAGGCUGCUGCCAAGGCCGCGGCCGAGGAGGCCGUCGAUGAGGAUCUGUUCAUGAUCGAGUGGAACAAGUUUGAGGACCUGUCUGCCAAGUCUGUGGCUGCGUUUGCCGCCAAGGCCAAGGAGAUCAAGGCCGGAAACAACUCGCCGGAUCUCAUCAACAACAUUGAGGUCAAAAUCAGCAAGGACGAGGUCUACCAGAUCAAGGACAUUGCCUCCGUGGCCCUCAAGGGCGGCCGAACGCUGUCCAUCUCCGUCUACGACCCUAGCCACACCAAACAGGUCACCGCCUCCAUUCUGGCGUCCGAUCUCAACAUGAACCCCCAGCCCCAGGCCAACUCGCCCCAGAUCCUCAACAUCCCCCUGCCCCCUCCCUCGGCUGAGAGCCGGGCCGAGCAGCAGAAGGAGCUCAAGGCGCUGUACAACGCCUUCAAGGCCGACAAGAAGCUGACUUCGGGUCUGGCUGCGAUCCGAGACGCCUUCAAGAAGGACCACAAGAAGAUGGCCGACCAGAAGUCGAUUGGAAAGGACGUGGUCAAGCGAGAAGACAAGAAGUUUGAGGAGUUGCAGAAGGCAUGGACCUCCAAGAUCGAAAAGGAGUUCAAGACCGUCUCCGACGAGAUUGCCAAGAAGUGA